CUUUCCUGUAAAUCCCCAUUGCGUUGCGGGAAACUAGCUACAAUGGAAGUAUUCCGUCGCAAGUGACACAGGUUAUGGAGGCUUGCGCAAUCAGGGAGCCACCUGUUACCUGAACACAGUGCUGCAGACACUCUUCAUGACCAAAGAAUUCCGAGAAGCAGUAGACAGGCAGGACAGUGAAGUGGGAGGUGUUGUACUGCAGCUGAAGAAGCUAUUUGCCACUCUAAAGAGUGGACACACAGCCAGCACCCAGGAGCUCACACACACCCUCUGCAUUCGAAAUGUGUUUGAACAACAGGACGCAGCAGAAUAUUUUCAGCGGAUUUUAAGCAGCGUCAGCCGUGAGCUCUCCACGCUGUACCGAGGUGCAGUCAGAAACACAACAACGUGUCAGCAGGGUUGCCAUGACACCAGUGAGGAGGAAUGCCCCUUUAUGGUGCUGCCCCUCUCCAUUGACGCCCCCAGCGAUCACCACAUAUACAGGGUGGAGGAUGGAUGGAAGGCGUUUUUCAAACCUUCAGUCUUAGACGGAGACAAUCAGAUGUACUGUGACAUCUGUGAGCAGAAGACAGACACAGAGAUGAGAUGUGAAAUAAAGGAGUAUCCCAAGAUCCUGACGCUGCAGCUGAAGAGGUUUGCCUUUGACUACUCCUGGAUGACGUAUGUGAAGAAUGACUGUGAGGCGGAUAUUCCUCGCACACUAACGAUUGAGAAAUACAAGUAUGAGCUCUACGCCAUCACUAACCACUCAGGAACCUACACAGGCGGGCAUUACAAUGCACUUAUCAGAUCAUACGAGGACCACAGCUGGUACUGUUUCGACGACACUAAUGUUGGGAAGAUCUCAGAUGAAUGGCUUCUCAUGUACCAGCCCAAUCCACACUAUAACCCACCAAAAAUAAGAUCCCGAAAUGCGUAUUUGCUCAUGUAUGAGAGAGAGGACUUCCCUGGCCCAGACUCACCUGUGACACCUGUAACACCUGAAACACCUGUUGCUCCCGUCACGCAUGUCACACCUGUAAUGCCUGUAACGCUUGUACAGGGCAGCUCUAUAACUUCUCCCAGUGACCCACAAGAGCGGCAGCUCACUGCCACCCAGCAAUCCAGUAACUGCCAGAACCUUGCGGCCCCCGUGAUACGGACUCAGAAAGGCAGCCAAAAGCACCGGAGACACAGAAGAUCUAAAAAACGGAGGAGGCGUCGCAGACACCGCAGGCAUAGGGGUCAAAGGGUCUAA